CCAACGUGGCACCCGUUGCCUAGCAACGCGGUGUCAACCUCCUUUUCCAAAACACAAAAUCUACAGCGUGGUUCUUCUUGUGCGGCUCUCUAAUUAUAAAUCUUGACCUUGUUCUUUAGUUUUAGUAGAAAAGCCACAGGUUGAACAAUGGGAAAGAAAGUGAAGAAGGAGAGUGAAACUCCAUGCAAGGAAACGUUUGAACCACUACCUGUUGAAGGCAAAACCCCAGCAACUGUAGUGCUGCUGCUGAGCUCUCCUGAGGAGGACAUUCUGAUAAAAGCCUGUGAAGCAAUCCACACAUUUGCAGAGAAAGGAGAUGAGAACAGGGUUUCUCUGCUGGGGCUUGGGGCGUUGGAGCCUCUCUGUCAGCUCAUCACUCACAACAACAAGCUUGUCAAACGCAACGCCUUCAUGGCCUUGGGUAUUAUGGCUACAAAUGGUGAUGUAAAGAAUGCUCUAAAGAAAUUAGAUGUCAUUCCAUCAGUCAUUGACAAACUGUCACUUGAAGAGGAAGUAGUUGUCCAUGAGUUUGCAACACUGUGCCUGGCCUCUCUGUCAGUGGAUUUCGUCUCUAAGGUCCAAAUCUUUGACAACAACGGCCUGCCACCUCUAAUCCAGCUCCUAUCCAGUCCAGAUCCCGAUGUCAAGAAGAACUCACUAGAGAUUAUCUUCAACCUAGUCCAGGACCACCAAAGUCGUUUAGCAGUACAUGAGUUGGGUGGGAUCCCUCCCCUUCUGGAACUGUUGAAUUCCGACUUCCCUGUCAUUCAGCAUUUAGUUUUGAAGACACUGCAGAGUGUCACCAUUGAUAAAGAUACAUGCAACACCUUUAGGGAAGAGCACGGAGUGGAGAAGCUCAUGGAUAUCCUCAAUAACACGAACUUCAGCGACCUUCAUGCUGAGGUCUUGCAGGUAGUUGCUAACUGUGUGAGUGACACAGAGAGUUUUCAUCUGAUCCACAAUGGUGGAGGACUGACAAAACUGAUGGAGUUUGCUUCCACCCCCAACACACCUGAAAUCCAAUCCAUUGUUGUGAAAUGCAUCGCCAAGGUUGCUCAGAGCUCUGAGAAUCACAAACUGCUCCAUGAGCUGAAUGUGGAGAAGGUUUUGGUAGAGCUUCUCACUGUGGCCGACGUCAGUGUGAAAACGACUACCUGCCAGGCCAUGAGCUUCCACACAGCCAGCAAAGACAGCUACAGAGAUCUGGGUGCUAUCCCUGCAGUUGUGCAGUUGCUGCAAAAUGAGAGUUUUGUGCUGAGAGAGGCAGCAACUCAGGCCCUCUCCAGCCUCACACAUGGCAACCAGCUCAACUCAUUUGUAGUGUACGAGGCAGGAGGCCAUGAGAUCCUUGUCCAGCAGCUCUGUGAAAGCUGUCCCGGGAUGGUGGCCAAUUCUGCUGCCACACUUGGCAACAUGGCUGGGCAGGAGGUCAUCCGCUGCAGCAUCUUGUCACAUGGAGCCAUACAGGCUCUGGUGCAGCCCUUAAAGUCCACAAAUACACAUGUCCUGGUCAACACCACACAGUGCCUUGCAAUGUUGGCUUGUGAUAUGGAAGCUAGAGCAGAGCUAAAAAGUGCUGGAGGCCUCCAGCCGCUGGUCAAUUUGCUGCAAUCCUAUCACAAGGACGUGUUGCAUAAUGCAUGCUUGGCUAUCAAUGUCUGUGCCAGUGAUGAGGUCACUACUGUGGAAAUGUGCAAAUUUGGAGCCUUAGAAAUGCUUCAGGAAAUCAACCAAUCAGUGAAUCGUAGGAGCAACUACAGCAAGUUGGCCAUGAUCAGUCUGCUUAACGCCAACCUGUCUGUUAAAUACAGCCUGACAGGUCGUCUGGCCUCCACUGACAUUAUUAGUGCUGGCUUCUAUGACGCAGGAAAGGCUCAAGCAGGUCAGAGGAUUCUUACAUUAGAGGAACUGUCCAAGCAGCCUGUCAACCAGCACCGACCCAUCAUUGUUGUCAACACGGCAGUUGUUAACACAGAAGCAAAAGAGACAGUGGAUGUGCCAGAAGAGAGGCUGAGCAACCCAUCAGAAACAGACACCAGCAGAGACCACAGAACACCAAGAAGGAGGAAAAAGGAUGACAAACAGAAAGAUGAGACCGAGACCCGGCCUCAGUCUCCCAUAGAGAAACCGUGGAAGAUGAUGGAUGAUGUCUCGUUGCAGCUUCUAGUUAAAGAGGCCAAAGAAUUCAUCCUCCCACUGAGUGAUGAACGAGAGCAGUAUGCUGCCUUAGCCAGGCUGGUGAGUGAAGCCAUGGGUGGAGCAGUGGAGAUGGAAAAGUUGCAUGAAUUCCCAUGGGUGCUGCACCUCAGCGAGCUAAAGUUUCAGCUCCAAUCCAAUGUCAUUCCUAUUGGUUUGAUCAGCAGAGGAAUCUACUGUCAUAGGGCACUUCUCUUCAAGUGUCUGGUUGAUUGCAUCGGAAUGAGCUGCACCCUUGAGAGGGGUGAGUACAACCGGGCUUGGAAUGAGGUGCUCCUCUUCAUUGAGAACGCCUCCAGCCAUGGGCGCUCUUCACAGCCCUGCCGCUACAUAGUGGACCUUAUGCACCAGCCUGGACGCCUGUUGACAGCCAACACCCCUGCUGCUGAGCAAUACCAGACUAUAUAGUCCAGCACUGAUUGAUUAAUAUUGUGUAUUUGCUGUAUGGCAGACUUUCUAACAAUACAGUAUUAUUCAAAUGGCCAGUUGAUUAUCUUUGUGUAAGCCAACAUGAAAAAUUCAGUUUGUCUAUGAAUAUGGCUUCUUUAAUAAACAGAUUUAACCUUCG